ACCAUUAUUUUAAAAAAAUGCUCCAGCUUAUGCAAUGACAGGUCUGCCAAUAGAACGAUAGCCUAACAAGUUGAAUGAUGGCAUCUGAAACGGAUGUCUAUCAAUUGGCUGUGGACUUCGCAAAUCGGGCUGUGACCUUCGAUCGGGAUGGGAAGAUCGAUGCUGCAAUUUACUUCUAUCAACAAGCUGCUUAUGCGUUGAGAACUUGCCAACACAUGGAUGAAAGGGAUUUCUCAUCCAUGAGAGAUGCAUAUGAGAAAAGAGCUACAGAAUUGAAAGACAAGGGCGAUGCAUGUAUGGAGAUGAAACAAGAAAAGUCUGGUCCUGAGCUUGUUACAGAAAGGGCUAAAGUUCUCUGCAGUGAAGCCUUGGAUGCAGACAAUGAAAGCAAAAGUGAAGAAGCCGUCAAUCUGUAUGCUGAAGCAGUGAAACUUUGCCUUGAAGCAAGGGAAAUGGCCAAGACAGAAGAAGAGAAGAAGCAGCUGACCCAAAUAGCAGAGAUGGCUCUUGAAAGAGCAGAACAUCUGAAGGGUAUCCAGAAAGCACCUGACAGCAUGUCUGAAGUUAAGGAUCAAAAGAUUCCAGGAAAGGGGGAUUCUCAUGGUAGAUUGCAGGCAACCACACCCACGAAACCACAGAGAAUCAUCCCUCCUCUUGGAAUUGGCAAUAUCUCCUUAGAAGGACCCAAAACUAACAAGAAUUUCUUUCCUUUCCUAGAGGAGCAGUCCUUGCACAGAGGAUCAUCCCAACAUCUUCAGCUGAGUGGGAGUGAUGCAUACACCCAAGAGGAAUUGGAAGUCAUUCGUAAGACAUCCUGCAUCAACAACAGGGAAUAUGUUCCAUUCAUGUUUUAUGAUUUGAAGGAGAAGUUCUCGCUCCCUAUGCCAUUCACUGAUGUGGACCUAGCCCUGUCACCCAAGCAGAGACGUGCCUUUGCUCGUUGGGCUCGUCCCCAUGAACUCUCUUCUGAUCCAAAAGUGAUCCAGCUCAUUGAUCCAUACAGUAUCCGGCAGACAGUAGUAUCAGACUGCUCCUUUGUUGCUUCCCUUUCAGUCAGUGCCCUUUAUGAGAAGAAGUUCAAGUGUCAAAUCAUCACUGACAUUAUUUAUCCUCGCAAUCGAACCGGAUACCCAGUGUACAAUCCCUGUGGGAAAUACAUGGUAAAGCUUCACAUUAAUGGGGUCCCACGCAAGGUGAUCAUUGAUGAUCGUCUUCCCCUUGGCAAACAUGGGGAACUCCUCUGCUCAUACUCCAGCAAUCGCAAUGAACUCUGGGUGUCACUACUGGAAAAGGCCUACAUGAGGGUCAUGGGAGGCUACGACUUCCCUGGCUCCAAUAGUAAUAUUGACCUGCAUGCUCUUACUGGUUGGAUCCCUGAUCGGACUAACAUCCGAGAAGGGGAUGGAGGCUGUGAUAAGGAUGCCAUCUUUCAAGACCUCUACACGCACUUUCACCGAGGGAAUGUGCUGGCAACACUGGCCACUGGGGAGAUGAGUGAUGCUGAGUCAGAAAGAACAGGACUUGUAUCCACUCAUGCAUAUGCCAUAUUGGACAUUCAGGAAAUCAAGGGAGAGAGACUGUUUAUGCUGAAGAACCCAUGGUCUCAUGUGAGAUGGAAAGGGAAUUAUUCAGAACUGGACACACGACAUUGGACCCCUGAACUCCGCACCAAGCUCAAUUUUGAUCCCACUAGUGCAAAGAUGUUUGACAAUGGUGUCUUCUGGAUUGAUUACCAGAGUGUAUGCAAAUAUUUUGAUGUCCUCUACAAGAAUUGGAAUCCUGGGAUCUUCCUCCAUAAGUAUUACCUUCAUCAUACCUGGAAUGCAGGAGUGGGGCCUGCAAAGGACCUCUACAAUGUGAGCAACAACCCACAGUAUUCACUCACAGUCACAGUUCCACCUGGAAAGGAUGGGAAAGUUUGGGUCCUCCUCACACGUCACAUAGUUGACAUUCAAGAUUUUCGAGACAACCGCGAGUACAUCUGCCUUCUUGUCUAUAAAACAGGGGGAAAGAAAGUCUACUAUCCAUAUGACCCUCCUCCAUACUUGGAUGGGGUGAGGAUCAAUAGCCCACAUUACCUGUGCAAGAUCCAUGCCCUGGAACCAGGUACCAACAAGUACACCCUGGUUGUAUCUCAGUAUGAGAAGAUGAAUACCAUUCAUUACACCUUGGCUGUGUAUUCGAAAUGCCCCUUCUCCAUGCAGCGCAUCAAGAAUCCCUUCACUUACAAGAAACAGGUAACAGGAGAAUGGAAAGGACUAACUGCUGGAGGCUGUGCUAAUAACCGAGAGACAUACUCACAGAAUCCACGCUUUAGACUCGCCCUUAACCCAGGACGAGAGAAAGCUCAAGUGCUGAUUGAACUCCGAGGUCCACGAGAGUACAGCAUUGGCUUUGACUUGCUACCUGUAGUCAUUGAUGACCCUCAAGCUCAAAACACACCCAUCCCACGGAAAUCCUCUGGACCUUACCGGUCAGGAUUUGUUGUUCUGGAACUGGAGGACAUCUCAUCAGGGUCCUAUGACAUCAUUCCAUCUACAUUCAGGCCAAAAGAAGAGGGACCUUUCAUCAUGUGUGUUCAGACAUCCUGUCCCCUGUCUCUGAGCCCUUUGACCUAGCCUCAACCAAUCAAGUGACCUGCCAGAUGUCAUAUUCAAUCCCAUUGUGUGUGGGUUUUGUUAUUGAUGCAACAAUGUGACUACUGUGCCAUGGAGUACUGGACAGCCCUGAAGAGAGGCAUGGAAACUUGAUCUUCACUUCAUUCAGAUUAUCUCUAUAUUGUUUUGUUUUCUUUAUUUUUUAUUCUACAUGAAGCCAUCUAUGUCAAAUUUGGAGCAUUAAAGUUCCUUGUUGCAUAAA